GUGAGCGUUCUGGCAGUAGCCGAGACAAGCCGACGGUGAUCCGAAGAGGGCCGAGGAGGAGAAAACGCCACCAAGGUUGAAAGAUUAAUGACCGCAGUCAGCGUCGGAUAAUUACGACUUCCUGUAUCAUUCAGGUGUUUUUAAAAAGCAGACGGCGAUAUUGUGGAAAUCAGCAGCUCUGGUGUAUUUGCACUGGAAACGAAGACAGAAGGAGGCUAAAGAGUGUUUGUUUUUUUCUUUUUUUUUCUCCAAGGCUUGACCAACCCCAGCCAAAGAGGACAUCAUUAAAAGUGUGCUCAUCAGUUUUUUUUUUUUGUUUGUUUGUUUGCUUGUUUGUUUUCCUUUUCUGGAAUACAGACGUGUGUGGACAUUUACCCAAAGAGUUGAGACGCUGAUUCAGCGACAGGAAUAUUCAUAUUCACUGGGCCAUGACGCAAGUGUCCAACAGGACUUCAUCAUAACCUGCAUUUGCAUCCAUCAUUAUGGAUCAGGAUGAGACAAGUACAGAGAUUUGGGAGCCAUCUUUGCAGGGACUCCAUGGGCCCAACCGCAUGCGGCCUUCAUCGUACCGAGCUCUGCGGAGUGCCGUGUCCAGCCUGGCACGAAUCGAUGAUUUCUUCUGUGAGAAGAUUGGCUCUGGUUUCUUCUCUGAAGUUUUUAAGGUGCAGCACAGGAUCACAGGGCAGGUGAUGGCUCUGAAAAUGAACACGCUGGCUUGCAACAAAGCCAACAUGCUAAGAGAAGUGCAGCUAAUGAAUCGCCUCUGCCAUCCCAACAUUCUCAGGUUUUUGGGUGUGUGCGUCCAUGAGGGACAGCUUCAUGCUCUAACCGAGUACAUCAAUGGGGGUAAUCUAGAACAGCUGCUGGACAGUGAUAUCUACUUAUCAUGGGCUGUGAGGAUAGGACUGUCUCUGGACAUUGCACGAGGACUACAGUAUCUUCACAGCAAGGAUAUUUUCCACCGAGACCUCACUUCCAAGAACUGUUUAGUGCGCUGUGAGAACGGUGUCUUCACGGCUGUGGUUGGAGACUUUGGUCUGGCCGAGAAAAUCCCCAAUUACAGUGAUGGAGUGGAGAAGCAGCCUCUGGCUGUGGUCGGCUCCCCGUACUGGAUGGCUCCGGAAAUGCUGAGAGGAGAACUUUACGACGAGAAGGUGGAUGUUUUUGCGUAUGGCAUCAUUCUGUGUGAAAUCAUUGCUCGGAUCGAGGCCGACCCCGACGUCCUCCCCCGAACAGAGGACUUUGGACUGGAUGUGGAAACCUUUGAACAAAUGAUUGGAGACUGUCCACCUGCUUUAUUCAGUUUGGCUGUUAAGUGCUGCAAUAUGUGUGCAAAGAGUCGUCCUUCUUUCUCGAAAAUUGUUAUGACCUUGGAGAGGAUGCAGAAGGAGAGGGAGAAGACUGAGACACCAGUCAUUCUCGAACCUGUUGCUGCUGAUGAGAGCCCAUACAGGAGGCGGAGUUCACCGUGCCAGUUGGGCACCCAGCGCCUGGCACGGAGUCAGUCGGCCCUGUUGCCACCAGCCUUGAGUCCGUGUGUGGGUACCCCGGUGCGCCUCAAUCCCUUCUCCUUGCGCCAUGACCUGAACGGCGGCCGCAUCAAGCUUUUUGACACACCCAGCAAGUCACUUAUCUCCCUGACAUUCACUUUGCCUCCGCUCCCUGAGCCUUCCUCCUCUCCACCACUGUGUGAAGCCUCAAAGCUUCGAGGCCCACCUCGCCGGUGCCGGUCCUUACCCUGCACUCCUGAACUGGGUCGACCUUUGACCUCGUUCCGUGAGCCUGAAACUGAAAGUGUGAAGGAGAAGGAUGGAGAAAUAGAAGAGACACGAGAGGAGAUGGCUGGCUUAGAUGAUGCUGGGCAGGACCCUGGCUUGGUGCUGGAUCUGGAGAUGGUGUGUUUGGAGCGGGUGGAUGAAGAGGAGGAAGACGAGGAGGAGGAGGAGGAGGAGGAGGAAAAAGGAGGAGAGGUGGAGGGACUCUGUCGGGUUGAACCCAUAGACUGCGGUGGCACAUCAGAUGAAGCAAAGGGUACCCUGAGGUCAACAUCAAACCCCCUCCUUCAAGGUUCUUAUUCAUCCUCCUCUUCUUUCAGCCCACAGCCAAAUGGCUGGACAGUACCCAUUUCAAAUGGCCCUCCAUCCCUUCCACCCCUGCCCCAUCUGGACAAUAACAACAGCAUGCUAGGAGUUGGCCGGGUGCCUUGGGUGCGCCUCAGUGGCUACCGUGGUCAUCGUGCUCCCAGCCGUCUGGCACCUACUUCCGAACAGGAUGACAUCAUUUCAUGUCCAGGCUGUUGCUUGGUGGGCUUUAGCUUGCCAUCGGUGUGCCUGCGUGGAGCCCCACCUCCUCGCCGAACCCCACCCCUCCACCCAUACAGGAAUCUCAAUGGGGGAGAGGUGGCAGCUGGCCGGUCAAACAACGGACUGACGUGUCGAGGAGCAAAGGGUCUGGCUCCACCCACAAUGACAUGCGAACCGGGUUUGCCACUUCCAGAAGCACAGACAUAGAGUGCCCUCUAGAGUGCUAACACCAUACAGUGCACGUGCUAACCUUGGCAUUGUGGCUGUGCCAAUAACCACUAUAGUUAGACUAUUAGUGCUAAUGUGCACUGAGGAUGUAAGAGAUGUGUGUAUGUGAAGAAAAAGAAGAUAGAGAAAGGUGAAGUGUUAUAGAAAAACAAAUGAUUUGAAAAGUCUAGCUGUGGUACUUCAGGAUACAAACUAAAAUCUUUUAUGAUGAAUUUGGAGACGGUGCUAUUUUAGCCACAUAAGACCAGCUUCAUAAGCCACUGUGGUAAAUUUACCCUAGACUAUGUGUGUGUGUGUGUGUGUGUGUGUGUGUGUGUGUGUGUGUGUGUGUGUGUGUGAGUGAGAUAGAGAGUCCAUAUAUAAAGCUGAUGGCAAUUCAAGUUUAUAUAUUUAAGAAAAAAAACUCAUCCAAAACUGAGUAAUAGAAGAUAUAAUACUGAGAGAUUGUGUGCGUGAAAGUCUAAAGGUUGUUCAUAUGUCUAGAAACAAUUUGUGCAAUAAUCAGCACUGAUUAGCAAAGCUGUACAUACACUUUCAUUUUCUUUUAAUGGAGAAUGCACCAUUUUUAAUCUGAUAGAAAGAUGGAUUUGCUUGUGUUGUAAAGUUUGUCAUUUUUACUGUCACCCUCUAGUGACACAGAGGAUCUUUGCUAGUCAGGUUUUUUGCUGCUUGUUGAAGUACUACUGUGUACGUGUAUUUACAAAUUGCAAAACCAGAUCACACAGGCUGGACGAGUCUCUCUUCAAAAUUUUUUAGAAACAAACAAACAUUUUUUCUAUUUGAAACUAACGUAAAUCAGAUAAGGGAUGGUGGUUGAAACCAUCAACAUGAGUCAUAAUCAAACUGAUAAGUUUUGUCAUUUUUACAAAAAUAAUCUUGUAGAAAUUUUGAAAAAGACACAUGUCCUGUGUGUUCUGGUUCACUCCCCAUCUGAUAUGUCAGCAUGAUUUUGAACUUAAAUUCAUGAGUCCAUCCAAAGAGUUUACUCAAGAUUGCAUACGUCCACCUGCCCAUGAUGUGAGUCCUGAAAGCCUGUGCAUGCAGACUGUGCAAAACACUACACUAUAGCAUAACAUGGUGCAUCUCGACAUAGAGCUUUUUAACGCCGAGGGUAUGCCUAAAGAGGCUCCGUUUCCAUUUUUUCAUAUCUAGCAGAAAGUUUUGUUUGAGAAUGACAUGUCUCCCUGCUUAAAUGGAAGAACAAAUCCUGUUCCCAAAACUGAUUGAAUUUUCAAUGCACGAUGAAAUUUAAUCCCAAGUUAAAGUUAUUAUAAGAAUAUGUGCUGGUCAAUCAAAAGUUGAUCUGACAUCUGUUUUGUAUGGAAAGUGUUAAUCUGAUCAUAAUCUACUACUGAUGCUACGGAGUUUGUACAGUUUAAUUAUACUUUCUAUCUCGUAGAUAAAAACAGAAGCUUGUGAUUGACAUGAUGGAUGUAAAGGCUGAAUUACAUUUGAUUCCUAAGUGUGUAUUUACUGUGUAAAGGUUAGCUUCUUCCCCAUAAAAAGCACUUAGCACAAUGGUUAUCAUCAUCAG